GAAGCCGGAAGCGCGUUUCUCGGGAACGCGGUGGGCGGUGCGGGGCAGGAGUGGGCCCAUUUCCUCGCGCGCGAGCCUCGGGCGCCGCCUGCGUUCCUGUCCCGGGCUGGAGUCCUGGCGUCGGGCGGGGGACGGGGACCCUGAGGCUGGGGACCCGCGUGCGCGCCGCUUCAGACCCGCAGCGGCUGGCUGCUGGCCUGACUCCACGAGAAAGGUGUAUCCUGAACUCGGGGGAGUGAAAACGUAAAAAGGCCUGGACGCCGGCUCUGUGCACGCCCGCAGAGAACCAAAAGGGCGAAAUAAAACAUGCACACAAAUGAAUAACCGUAACGAGAUUCUGGCAUGCUGAUCCCAUUUUCAAUGAAGAAUUGCUUCCAGUUAUGUUGUAACCUCAAGAUUCCAGCAGCUGGUUUUAAAAACACUGUAAAAAGUGGGCUCAUUUUGCAGUCUACUUCCAGUAAUGUUUACCAAAACCUGGCUGUAGAAGACUGGAUCCAUGAGCACAUGAAUCUAGAAAGCAAGCCGGUUCUUUUCUUCUGGAGAAAUUCUCCCUCUGUUGUAAUUGGCAGGCAUCAGAAUCCUUGGAAGGAGUGUAACCUGACCCUGAUGAGAGAAGAAGGGGUAAAACUGGCUCGCAGAAGGAGUGGAGGAGGAACUGUGUACCACGAUAAGGGCAAUAUCAAUUUGACUUUCUUUACAACCAGGAGCAAGUACGAUAGGAUGGAAAAUCUGAAAUUAGUUGUGAGAGCUCUGAAUGCUGUCCAGCCCCAGCUGGAUGUACAGGCUACUAAAAGAUUUGACCUUUUACUCGAUGGGCAGUUUAAAAUCUCAGGAACAGCAUCUAAGAUUGGCCGGACUACUGCUUAUCACCACUGCACUUUAUUAUGUAGCACCGAUGGGACUUACUUGGCGUCCUUGCUAAAGAGCCCUUACCAAGGAAUCAGGAGCAAUGCCACUGCCAGCACACCUUCGUUGGUAAAAAAUCUUUUGGAAAAAGAUCCCACUCUGACCUGUGAGGUGCUGAUGAAUGCUAUUGCUGCAGAGUAUGCUGCUUAUCAUCAAAUCGAUAAUCACAUUAACCUGAUAAACCCAACAGAUGAGACACUAUUUCCUGGAAUAAAUAGCAAAGCCAAAGAACUACAAACAUGGGAGUGGAUAUAUGGCAAAACACCAAAGUUUAGUAUAAACACUUCCUUUAAUGUACUGUAUGAACAGGCGCUCUUGGAAAUUAAAGUAUACAUAGACAUAAAGAAUGGAAGAAUAGAAAUCUGCAAUACUGAAGCACCUGAUCAUUGGUUGCCACGGGAGAUAUGUGACAAAUUAAAUUCAAGCUUUGUGGGCCAUAAAUUUUGCCCAGUUGAAACUACCAUGCUGGCAAAUGUAUUACUCAGAAACUGUCCAGAAGACCGUGAACUACACAGUAAAUGGAAUUUUCUCUGUGAAAAAAUUAAGACAAUGAUGUGAUUAAAAAUAACUAUCUUUAUUCUGACAGUUUUGACAAGAGAAUAAAAUGUUUAAAUGUA